AUGGCCCCGACCCCCGGGCUGCCCACCCCGGGCUCCUCGCUGGUGCUGCGGGUGUCGUUCGUGGACGUGCGCCCCGAGGUGAUCCCCGUGCAGCUCUGGGGCCUGGUGGGCGAGCGGCGGGACGAGUACCUGCGCCUGAACCGGGAGAUUCAGGAAGCGGCGGCCACGCGGCGCCCGUGGGCGCUGGGCAGCGCCUCGGCCUCCCCCGGCGAGCUGUGCCUGGUGCAGGUGGGGCCCGUGUGGCACCGCUGCCGCGUGGUCAGCCGGCAGGCGCAGGACAGCCGCGUCUUCCUGCUCGACGACGGCCGCACCGUCGCGGCGGGCGCCGACUCCCUGGCGCCGGGGCGCAGCGACUUCUUCCACCUGCCGUCCGAGGUGCUGUGCUGCGUGCUGGCGGGCCUGGUGCCCGUGGGCGGCGGCGGCGCGGGCGGCGGCGAGCCGCAGCACUGGCCGCCCGCUGCCGUGGACUUCCUCGGCGGCCUGCAGGGCAAGCAGGUGCACGGGCGCGUGCUGGACGUGCUGCUGCUGCAUCGCCUGGUCCUCCUGGAGGCGCCCGAGCUGGCCCAGCAGAUGCAGGAGCUCGGCCUGGCCCGGCAGGUGCCCGACAGCCUCUUCCGCUCGCUGCUCAAGCGCUACCUGGCGGCGGCCCCUGCCAGCACGGGCUCGGGAGCCGGGGUCCUCCCGCGAGUCCCCUGCAAGCAGGAGCACCUUGGCCUGGAUUAUUUCUACCCGCAGCUGCAGCUGGGCGUGACGGAGCCGGUGGUGGUAACCCAGGUGUGCCACCCCCACCGCAUUCACUGCCAGCUCCGGAGCCUCUCGCAGGAGAUCCACCGCCUGUCCGAGAGCAUGGCGCAGAUCUACCGGGGUUCCACGGGGAUGGGGGAUGAGAACUCUACCAGCGGCCCCCAGGAGGAGAGGGAGGAGAGCCCAGACAAGCCUGGCUCUCCAUGUGCAUCCUGCGGCUUGGACGGACAUUGGUACAGAGCUCUCUUGCUUGAGACCUUCCGGCCCCAGCGCUGUGCCCAGGUGCUCCACGUAGACUACGGAAGGAAGGAGUUGGUGAGUUGCAGUAGUCUCCGCUACUUGCUGCCCGAGUAUUUUCGAACGCCCGUGGUGACCUACCCCUGUGCCUUGUAUGGACUCUGGGACGGUGGCAGAGGCUGGUCUCGGUCACAAGUUGGUGAGCUGAAGGCACUGAUCCUGGGCCAGGCGGUGAAUGCAAAGAUUGAAUUCUACUGUUCGUUUGAGCACGUGUAUUACAUCACUUUGUAUGGAGAAGAUGGGAUCAACCUUAAUUGUGUAUUCGGAGUACGGUCCUGUUGCUUGGCCGACCGAUUCCUGCAGAGCCGGGGGAUGGAGGAGGAGGAGGAGGAGGAAGACGACCGACAAACAACAGCUCUUCAGUCUCAGUCUCCUGCUGAAGAAGCGGAUGAAGAGAUUCCACUCCCAGCCUUAAGAUCCACCAGGCUAAAGAUCAACGCCUUCUAUGACGCCCAGGUAGAGUUUGUUAAAAAUCCUUCGGAGUUUUGGAUUCGGUUGAGGAAGCACAAUGGCCCCUACAGCAAGCUGAUGAAGAGAAUGUGCAGUUUCUAUUCCUCAGCAAGUAAGCUGGAGGGUGUAGUGUUGAAACCUGAACCUGAUGACCUUUGCUGUGUCAAGUGGAAAGAAAACGGCUAUUAUCGGGCUAUGGUCACCAGACUGGACGACAGGAGUGUGGAUGUAUUCCUAGUUGACCGUGGCAGUUUGGAAAACGUGGAUUGGUAUGACGUGAGGAUGCUGCUUCCUCAGUUUAGGCGGCUGCCAGCACUGGCUCUGAAGUGCACGUUGGCCGAUAUUUGGCCUUUGGGGAAAAGUUGGAGCCAGGAGGCAGUUUCCUUUUUUAAAAAGACUGUGCUCCACAAAGAAUUAGUUAUCCAUGUCCUUGAUAAGCGGGAUAAGCAAUACGUUAUUGAGAUUCUUGACGAAUCAAGAACAGGGGAAGAAAACAUUAGUAAGGUAAUUGCUCAAGCUGGGUAUGCCAAGUAUCAGGAAUUUGAAGCAAAGGAGAACAUUCCCGUAAGUGCCCAUUCUCCAGGGCCUGUUUCAAACCAUUUCACUGCUGAGAAUAACAAAGUCGCUCCUGUCAAGAAGGCAGAGGUGGAACAGGAAGCCAAGAGAGACGACAACAGAACUACCUCGGUUUCAGAAAUUGUGACUGAUCCACCAGUCGCUACAGAUAUCCCAACUGGACUGGUUAUGCAAGAAAAAGAGAAGAGAGAGUCUGUUUAUUCUCCUCUUAUGCAGAAUUUCCUGGAAGUUAAGCCAGGCUCUUGUAAAGGAGAGCUCCAAGUUGGGAGUACAGUAGAAGUCAAAGUGUCUUAUGUUGAAAACCCCGGCUGCUUCUGGUGCCAGCUGACCAAGAAUAUUCAAGGCUUUAAAACGUUGAUGUGUAAUAUCCAGGACUACUGCGAGAAUACAGCCGCUCCCUACCAAGGGACAGCCCCCGCUUGUCUGGCAAAACGAACAGGAAACGGAAAAUGGUGCCGAGCUGUGAUACGUGGGCCACAGUCUUCAGAGCACGUCCAAGUAAUGUUUGUGGAUUAUGGAGACAAAGAUAUGGUAGCUGUGAAGAAUAUUUACUCAAUUAAUGAAGAGUUUCUCAAGGUUAAGGCUCAGGCUUUUCGGUGCAGUCUUUAUAAUUUAAUUCAACCAACUGGUCAAAAUCCUUUUGCUUGGGAUGAGAAGGCAAUCCAAGCUUUUACUGAAUUUGUAGACAACGCAUGGGAAGACAAUCUCGAAUUAAAAUGCACAAUAUUUGCUUUGGCUUCAACGCACAAUGAAGAGCUGUUUAACAUCGUAGAUUUGCUAACACCCUUCCAGAGUGUGUGCCAUUUUUUGGUAGAAAAGAGACUUGCACGGCCAGUUAAAUUUCAGAAGCCCCUGGAGUCCUCCAUUCAGCUACAUUCUUACUACUAUUCGACACACGAUAUGAAAAUUGGCAGUGAAGAAUUGGUGUAUAUAACACACGUUGAUGACCCUUGGACAUUUUAUUGCCAGCUGGGAAGAAAUGCAAAUAUUUUAGAACAGUUGUCCUGUAGCAUUAAACAAUUAAGUAAAGUUCUACUGAAUUUAAAAACAUCCGCCUUGCUGCCCGGAAACUUGUGCCUUGCCAAGUACACUGAUGGAAACUGGUAUAGGGGGAUAACAAUAGAAAAAGAACCAAAUAAAGUCUUUUUUGUUGAUUUUGGCAACAUUCACGUGGUAACAAACGAUGAUCUGCUUCCAAUACCUAGGGAUGCGUCUACUGUCUUACUUCUGUCCAUGCAAGCUGUUAAAUGUUCGUUGUCUGACAUACCUGACCAUAUACCAGAAGAAAUCACAGCAUGGUUCAAGGAGACUGUUUUGGAUAAGUCAUUGAAGGCUUUGGUUGUAGCAAAAGAUCCAGAUGGAAGACUGAUUAUCGAACUCUAUGAUGAAGGUAUUCAAAUCAACGCGAAUAUCAAUGAGAAGUUAGUGUUACUUGGCUACAAAAAAGGGACAAGAAAAAAACGAGAAAGCAAAAACCUCCUCGCUGCAACAGAAACCCUUGAAGUAAAGAAGGAAAAUCUGAAGCUGUCACCUACAGGGUAUUUAAGGAAAUCAGUAGAGGACUCUGCAUUAUGUAGUCUGGAGACCUUGGAAGCAUCACACAAAUCUAAGACCAGCCCAACACAUCAGGAAACCAAGCUUUUACGAAGUUCGACAAACUUAGUCACUCAGUAUCAGGACUCUGUGGGACAUAAAGAUAAUCAAGUGUGUCCAUUCACAACCGAGAAAAAAGAAGAAAGUUCUGCCGAGCCACCUUUGAAAGCCACAAGGCUAGAAGCUACCCUUUCAGAGAGAAACAUAGGAGAUUCGUAUCACAAAGGUUUGCCUCUAAAAUUUUCUGAGCUCCCUCAGAAGGUUAUAAUGCCUGGCUUUAAAACAGUUGUCUAUGUUUCCCAUAUAAAUGACCUUUCAGACUUUUAUGUUCAACUAACAGAAGAUGAAGCUGAAAUCGCUAGUCUUUCAGAGAGAUUAAAUGAUGUUAGGACCAGGCCAGAAUUUUAUUCAGGGCCACCUUUGCAGAGAGGAGAUGUGACAUGUGCCGUUUUUCCAGAAGACAAUUUAUGGUAUCGUGCUGUGGUCAAGGAACAAGGACCCAGUGACCUUCUCUCUGUACAGUUUAUAGACUACGGCAACGUUUCCGUGGUCCACACUAACAAGAUAGGUAAGCUGGACCUUAUUAACACACUGGUACCAGCACUGUGCAUCCACUGCUCCUUGAGGGGACUUUGGGUUCCUGAGAUUUUAAACUGUAAGGAAAUGAUGCAUUACUUUUCCCAAAGGACAGAUGAGGUUCAAGUAAGAUGUGAGUUUGUUCAAUUUCAAGACAGGUGGGAAGUUAUUCUUGCUGAUGAACAUGGGCUCAUAGCAGAAGACAUGAUUAGCAGAUAUGCUUUCUGUGGAAAAUCUCAAGUAGGACUUUCUAACCAAAUAAUGAUAGGUGCCUGUUCAAAGUCUGUCAACAAAACAGACAUGGACACUUCACUAUUUCUUAACUGGUACGAUCCAAAGAUCAAGAUGAUAAGAGCAUAUGCCACUGUGAUAGAGGGACCUGAGUAUUUUUGGUGUCAGUUUGCUGAUACUGAGAAACUGCAGCUUUUAGAAGUAGAAGUACAAACUGCUGGGGAACAAGUAAUGAGUUGGAGAAGUUGUGUCCCAUGCCCUCAUAUUGGAGAUCCUUGCAUAGUGAGAUAUAGAGAAGAUGGGCAUUAUUAUAGGGCACUUAUCACCAAUAUUUGUGAUGAUUAUCUUGUAUCUGUCAGACUUGUGGACUUUGGAAACAUUGAAGACUGUGUGGACCCCAAAGCAGUCUGGAAUAUUCCUUCUGAACUUUUGGUGGUUCCCAUGCAAGCCUUUCCAUGUUGCCUCUCAGGAUUUAAUAUUUCAGAAGGUGCGUGCCCUCAAGAGGGAAAUGACUAUUUUUAUGAAAUAGUAACAGAAGAUGUGCUGGAGAUAACAAUAUUAGAAAUCAAAAGGGAUGUUUGUAAUAUCCCCUUAGCAAUUGUCGACUUAAAAAGCAAAGGCAAAAGUAUUAAUGAGAAAAUGAAGAAAUAUUCUAAGAUUGGUAUUAGUAACAGCAAUCUGCCCUAUGAAGAAAGUGAUCCAGAAAUAAAGGGAGCUCUUGGGUCCCUCAGUCCUGAGGUUGGAUUUAAGAAAGCAAGAAGUAAAGCUGGACAAGAGAAAACACAGUAUGUGGAAUCACAGACAGAUGAGCUCUCUGAAAGAAUUGAAAAAGACUUAAACACUAUUGAAGCCAAACCAACUAAAUUCUAUGACCCUGACCCUGACAAUGUUUUUGAAGCUUUCACAGACCCAUGCAAAGAUGAAAUUGGCAUUGAGAUACUGGAAGAUAAAAGAGAGUCCCGUCUGGUUGGCAAAGCAAAGUUUGAUGAUAAAUACCUCAUGACAGGAUUUAGCACAUUACUACCGCAGGCUAGUGAAACAAAGGAGAUAUUAGAACUGAACUCUCUCGAGGUGCCGCUUUCUCCCGAUGAUGAAUCAAAAGAGUUCCUGGAACUGGAAUCCAUUGAGUUACAGCAUUCUCCAGUCGGGGAAGAGCCAGAAGAAAAAGAAAAGCCAGGCCUGGAGCCUCCAUUUGUGCCCUUACCCCAAGGCUGUGACACAGAAGCCACCCUACAUACAUUUACAGUGCAGCUUCCCCUCAACUGUGAAUCUGAGAAACAGCCAGAACUAGAGUUACCCACAGCCCAGCUGUGUUUGGAUGACAAAAUGAACCCUUUGUCUCUAGUAGUUGGUCAGAAAGCCCAAGAUCCCAUGUGUGCCGAAGACACAAGGAAGUCAAGUUGUGUAGAACGUUCUGAGGACCAGCCUAGCCUACCCUUGCAUCUACACGAGAAGAAUUGCGAUCCCAACAUGCAAAUUGAAAUGAAUAUAUAUAAAAAAGAAUUUACAGAUCAUAAAAACAGAGAUGCCAUUUCAUCAUCGACUUUGUUCUCUGAAGAAGAAUCCAGAGAUGGAAGGAAACACAAUAAUGCUUUACAAGAUCAUGUCUCAGCUCAGCCAGAGAACAUCUACACUCUGAAAGGAUUUGCUGUUGGAUCCAAAUGUGUUGUGUGGUCAAGUGUAAGAAACACAUGGUCUAGAUGUGAGAUUCUGGAAAUAGGUGAAGAAGGCACAAGGGUUUUGAACGUUUCAAAUGGUAUGGAGGAGAUAGUGAACCCUGAGAAUGUCUGGAAUGGCAUACCCAAAUUAGAUAAGAGUCCAUCUGAGAAAAGGGGUCUGGAGGUGGUAUAGACUUAACUGUGGAUCCAUAGACGUGGCCAGUCCAUCUGAGACUACCCUUAAACAUGUGGCAUCUUACCCAGACCGACAGAUUAUUUGAGCAAGUCAAGAGCAUAUAAUCAUAAGAAGUUGUCAUUUUCAAAAACUUUGAUACGUGUUGACAACAAAAUAGAUCUCAGGACGACUAUGCAGUGUAUUUAUAGUGGUAUUGAGGUACAUAUGGAUCUGGGAUCUUUCUUUUCCCUUUAAAUAUGUUAUGUUUCUAAUCAGGGGGGUUUAUUUUGCUAAACAAGUUGCUAACACAUUACUCAAACAAGUUGCUAACACAUUACUCAAAUUAAAAAACCCUACUUUUGUUUCUUUUGAAUACAGUGUUUAAAUUAAAAUAGAAAAUUAUAGGUUUAUGACAAAUAUAUGAUACUACUUAGAGAGACGGAUUUAUUAGCAAUAGCUUUCAGAUGUUUUGUUUUGUUUCUGAAGCUUUGCCUUGUCUGUCUAGUCAGCAUUUGAUUAAUAUUCUGUUUGAUUUUGGAAAUAUUCUAAUAUGACAUAGAUUUGAAUAAAGUUUCUCCUUAAUGGUG